AUGUACGCUUUCUCGAAGUUCUCUGCUCUGCUCGCGUUGGCCCUCGCGGCGACGUCCGCUGGUGCGCUCGAGAUUCGCGGGUAUCAGGACGCACAGUGCGGCCGCCUGGUUGUCGCCCAUUACCGCGAACCGGGCUCCAUUUCGGAGUGCAUCAACCUCGGCUCCGGCAAAAACAGCGCCUCGUGGGACAACCUCAAUCCGACCGGGGGCGAAUUCCUCUACACGGGCGUGGGCUGCACCGGGGACUCCUACAUCCUCCGCGGUGGCUCUGGCUGCCUCGCCCCGCCGUCCGGGAGCACCUGGCGGAGCGUCCGCGUGUCCGUCAGCAACCCGAAUCCCUAG